AAGCUUGUCUUUCUUAGAGACUGUGUGGCUGUGUGUCUACACCAGAUGUUUUUGGCUCCUCCCAGACAGCUUUCUAAAACAUUCCAGCCCACCUCUGGGAAUCUGCUGGCUCCUCCACACUCUUACUCCACUCCAGGAGGCAAAGAGACUGAGUUGACACAAAAUGAGAGGACUUGUUGUCUUGGUUACUUUGGCCUGCUUUGCCACUGCUCAGCACCAAACACUGAUUGACUACUUGGAGCGGAGGCUGCUCGCUAUUGAGGACCGGAUCUCUCUGUGGCAUGAACAGACAGCCCGCUACGCCUCGGAGCUGCGGGAGCUGAAGCAACAGAUGGUUUCCCAGUUGGAGAACUUGGAUAAAGAGAAAGAGACACUGAGAAUGAAUCUGGAUGGCGUGGGGACAAGGGUGGACCGAGUGGAGCGUGAGUUGGACUACCUGGAGACUCAGAACGGAGCUCAGCCGUGUGUGGACGUGGACGACAAGCUGAUAGAACAGCAAGUGACGCUGGUAGAGGAGAAGCAAAAGGCCAAGUACUCAAAACUAUCAGAUUGCAGCGACAUGAUCUCCAGCAUAAAAGCCAUGAAGAUCUUGAAGCGAGUCGGAGGGCCAAAGGGCACGUGGACCAAAGACACCAGCAGCGGCUCUGGGAAGAUCUACAUUUUUAACGGGACGGAUGAAGACACCAUCCAUGAGUUUGCCUCUGUGCAAGACUUCUCUCGCUCGCUAGGCAUGUCUCUGUCCAAGAACCUGAAGCUUCCAUCUGCCUGGAGGGGAACAGGACACGUUGUCCUCAACAAUCACGCAUAUUAUGUAAAUCAGGCGGAAGAGAUAAUGGUGGUUAAAUAUGACAUCAAGAACAGCUCUGUGACAGACGCCGCAGUGUUCCCAGUGCAGGACCAUGUCCCACCGUACGGCCUGACCCCCGAGACAGUGGUGGACCUGGCUGUGGACGAGGAAGGCCUGUGGGUCAUUUACGCCUCGCAGCAGAACGAGAGGUACAUCUCUCUUGCUAAAAUGGACGCCAACUCUCUGGACAACGAGCAAAUGUGGGACACAAACUGUCCGAGAGAGAAUGCGGAGGGGGCUUUUGUCAUCUGUGGCACUUUGUAUGUGGUGUACAACACCAAUCAGCCCGGUCGGUCACGUAUCCAAUGUGUGUUUGACGUCAAUGAUAUGGUGACCAACGAAGAAGCACCACUGGUUUACUUUCCAAAGCGUUACGGAGCCCACUCCAGUCUAAAGUACAACCCGCAGGAGCAACUGCUCUAUGCAUGGGAUGAUGGCUACCAGAUCCUGUACAAGCUUAUCAUGAAAAAAAAAUUAGAAAUUUGAGCUAAAGAACAUGCAGCACCAAACCCGAACCAUCUUAAAGUACCCAGCAAUUGUUUUUAGAAGUUUAAGCUCCAUAACUACAAAUUUUGUGUACUUUACAUUACUGCUGACCAUUUUUAAAGCUAUGGUGCAUGGUUUCUGUCUCCCCCCCAUGAUGAGCAAUUGUAAGUAAUGACAACAUCACUGCCUUCAGUGAUUGCACACCACCCCCACCCCUCUUCCACGCAGUUGCUUGUAGCCAAGGAGGACAAGGAGGAUUAAAAAAAACACGAUGGACCCUUUAGAAGAGGUACUUAUCUAUACUUGAGUUUCUGUGUGCAAAAGUCGCCGGCCGACACCCUUUUCUGAACAUAGCCAUACUAAGAAAAUCAAAGAGAGUUUUGUGGAGCUGAUAGUCUUAAUUUGAUUUGUAUCAACUCAUUUGGCAAUUGCUUGAAUGUAACAGACAUUCAUAAAUAUUUAAAAUGUUAUGCACUAAAGCUAUAAUGCAUGUUGUGGAUUUUCAGAUUUGUCAGUGUGUGCGUGAUAUAAUAUAAUAUAAUAAUCACAGUUUAAGUCCAGACUGCUUUGAAAAAUCUCGACAAUUACAGAACAUUUUCUAAAAAUGAGUGCACUGUGACAAUUCAAGCAAGUUUCAAGAGGAUGCAAUUUGACUUUUAUACCAUUUAUAAAUGAAUGGACAACAACGGAGGGUAGGAGAAAUAAAUUCAAAAGUUGCCAACAUUCCAGCAUGGUAAGCAAAAUGGUCAGCAGUGACGUGAAGUAUUCCCCCCCCCCGCUCACCCCUCCCUUUCUAAGCCUGUAGCAGAACCUUUACGUAAAGCAAAACGCAGCCUCUAGAGAAGGUGUUUGGUUUGUCCGUUCUGGGCUGUAUAUAAAGAUGGACAAUGCAUCUCCACUUCCUCCCACUGUGCAAAAGUUAUCA